AUGGUGCCUCCUCCACGAAAACGUCUAAAGGGCCAAGAGAAGCACAGAGCACAAGGACAGAAGAUUGAUUUUGUCAUCAAAUCAUUCUCAAAAGAACUAGUGCUCAAAGUAUUUAGUUUCUUAUCUCUCAAAGACUUGAUACAAUGCGCCGCAGUAAGCCUGCAUUGGUCUCGUAUGGCCAACGAUGAAAUGCUAUGGAAACCUUUAUUCAUUCGACGGUUUAGAGAUCCACUGUACAAAGAGGACAGUCGAUCACAGUGUCAUUAUGACCGACGUACCUCAGUGUCAAGAUACAAUGGAAGCUGGAAGAAAAAGUACCGAAUACACCACAAUUGGCUGCUAGGCAACUGCUCUAUCUACGACAUUGUGAACCACGCUACCACCCCACUCUCUCCAAACCACUUGCAAUUCACACAUGACAUUGUAUUCACAGCACAAGAGGGCGCAUCAGCGAUCAAUAUGUGGAGAUACCAGAAAGACACAGCAACACCCCACCUGGUUCGACGCUUGCAAUCCAUAGAGCAGCCUGAUGCCACCGAGAUUACAUUCAUGAAGCUGAUUGAUGAUGGUACUAGUACGAAGCAUUUGAUAGCUGGCUAUGCAAAUGGCGGUUUUACGCUGUGGCAGGUGGUGGCGACGGAGGUGGUUGAAGUGGCGAAUUACUUGGCUGCAUCUACAACACAGUUGGACAAGGUUACGUCCAUUGGGAUGGCACUUCCAAUGAUGAUACUCUACACAGAGAGUGGGAAAGUGAGUGUAUUUCGGAUCAACGCAACUGUCAACUCCUUUGAGCUGAUACACCAGCUGCAAAGCCCGAUGCAUUGGUCUCCUGUUACCCUUGAUAUCCACAGAUACCCAAGCAGCAAGAGAGAGCUAUGGAAAGCAGUGGUAUGUUUUGGGCUGUCAGGCGGGAGCUAUACCACAUCCGUGGGUAUACAGGAAAUGCUGCUCUCUUCUGAUGCCAUCUUGUCGUCAAGACAUGGAUUUGCACUGAACUCUGAGCCAGUGAUACCAUCUGGCAUUGUAUCAUCAACAUCCGUCAGCUAUGGCAGUUCAGAAAAGAUCACAGCCAUGGCUUUCUCUCCACCGCAUCUCAUCACAGCACACGCAAACAACACUAUGAAGCAUUAUAUGGUGACAGACAACAAGCACUCACUGGAGAUUUCAUUCAAACAGACGCUGUAUGGACACACCUACAGAGUGGAUGCUUUAGCUAUAGACGCUUCCAAGAGAAGACUAGUGAGUGGUGACCAAUCUGGUAUCAAAAUAUGGGAUUUGACUACACAAUCAGGGGAAUGUCAAGUUACGAUUGAAAAUUACACAAACCAAUCUGCUAUGAAUGAGCUGCCAGACGCCAGAAUCAACACACUGGGGUUCGACGAAGAUAAAAUUGUCGCUAUCAUGAGCUUAUCAGAGGGUUGUUUGGUCAGAUCAUGGUCUUUUGAUCCUUAA